UAGCCUCAAAAUUAUUUUUUUACAGUUAUUUUACUAGGAUUGUGGGGCUUUAUUUUGAAAUUUUUUUUAGUUUAAACCCGGAAACAUUGUAUUUUUGAUUGUGGCUGUGGCUGUGUGUUUAGCAACUGGCUGAGCAUUUCGCCACGUUUCGUCUCAAAAUAUUAUUGUUUAACAAAAGUUAAUUGGCUACAAAAGACAAAAAUGUUAAAUUGACAGGAGGUGUGUCAAGCAACGAAUGUAAACGAUAACCAUCAUACAACUGAAGACAUCUGCUUUCCUUUCAGACACUAAAAUGGCUUUUAGGAGAGAUCGAAAUCUUAGAGAUAUUUAUGAGGAACGGUUUCAAGCAGGAAGAGUGGGUCCUUAUCCAAGAGAAGCUCAAGGGGACAGGAGACCACCCUUCGGCCGGCCAGACGAGGACUACGGCCGGGGUUUUGAAUACGAUGGCCCUCGGUUUUACCCAAACGGUGCUCCUCGCAACUACCAUGGAGAGGAUCAGAGAGGUUAUCAUGGAGACAGCCAUCACUCAUUUCCAAAUGAGCACAGGGGUGGGCCACCCGGGCGAAGGCAGGAAGAUUUCCCAUACUACAGAGGGCCGAGAGAGGAGCCGCAUGGUGGACGCCAAAUGGACUUCAGACCGAGCAAUCGUGCAGGUCCUCCUCCGAAUACUCGAGUCCUGGGUGCUCACCCUCCUCCGCCCAGGUCUACAAUAGCCCCUGAUGCAGGAGACGACACCCUCAUGCAGGCCAUAAUGAACCUGGACCGGGGGGAGGAGCGGGACAACUUGAGAAGAAAGGCACCGUUCCCUCCCGUACGUGAACGCUCUCCAGCUCGGCGGGACGUCCCACCUUCCCCUCACAGUCGGUCGGGGUCCAGCAUAAGCAGCCGCAGCUACUCACCAGAGCGGGGCAAAGUGCAUCCUUUCCCGCCUCAGCAGGGGAAAAGAUUUGAGGAGCCUUUAGUGCCAGGCAGGGGACCUGACAGGGAAAGGCCCCCCGGCCCCUCCGUGAGUGCAUCACGAGACGGUUCGCCCCAUAGCUCCGUAUCAGCCACUAAGGAGGAGAUGACAACAACGGUGGAAGGGCCCACAGAUGAAGUUCCACCCACCGUAGAUGAAGCUUCCUCCGUCAUGGACGACUUUCAAGAGCGACGAGCUCAAGCUAUUGCUGCCAAGGCUCGGGAAAUUGAGAAGGUCUAUCGUCAGGACUGUGAGACGUUUGGCAUGGUGGUGAAGAUGCUGGUGGCUAAGGAACCCAGCUUAGAAAAGCACCUGCAGAACCCACUAAAAGAGAACCUGAUUGAGAUCCGUGAGCGAUGCCUUGAUGACUUGAAAAACUUCAUUGCUGAACUCGAUGAGGUGGUACGACAGCCUGAACCUGCUGUCUAAGGUGGCCCCAUUUUACUCAACCAGCAGUUUUGUUUUUUCCCACCUCUGUACGUACACAAGUCCUUCAUUGUUUUUUUAUGGUUUAUGUAAAGACCAGUGUACUGAGUGUCCACCUAAAAGAAAUCGUCCUGGUCUGCAACGGGGCAAGAAAAAUCUCUAUGUAUUUCAUUUAUGCUGUUCCGUUCAUCCAUUGACACUAGUCGAUGCUAGGUUGUAUAAUCUUUUUGUAACAUUUCAACAUUAAGAUUAAUAAAAAAAUGAGAUGGCAAACACAAGGAAAGCAGUGCCAGAAGAGGGUUUGCUCUAUUCCUUAUUAAUUGCAGAAGCUAUAGAGAUUAUUAACCCACUGAGAAGAUUUACUAGAUGAUGGUGUUUGUUUGGAUCAAUUGUGUAUAAACUGAAAGGGUUCUAUGUUGUUGCCAAUUAAUUCACUUACAUUCAAACCAGUGAGAAAAGUUGGAGAAUUAAUUAUGGUAAGUAAUCUUUAUGGGUUCAGCAAAUUGCUGCUAUCUGUAGUACUGUUAAGCUGUGCAGCUGACAAUAAUGCAUUUUCAUAUUUUUUUAAAAUCACAUUUCCGGCCACUAUAAUGUGAAAACCCAACACAAGUAUUUGUGUAGUUUUUCCUUUGUGUAGUAUUAAAGCGUCUUGAACCUACUACAAUGCAUGUUUUUCCUUUUGAUUUAAACCCCUUUUGUGAUUUCAUGUUUGUAAUUAAAUAAAGUUGCUAUGUUUAGUAA